AUGGCACUACAUUGUUCGUUUAUUUCACAUCAUAGCCUAAUUGCUAAUUCAGACCUCCAUCGAGGCAAAAGAAAAAAAAAAGAAAAACAAGAAAAGCAGGGAAGCCAUGAUGAGAGUGUUCUUCAGUGUCCUCUUACUCUGUUGAUAUUCUUCUCGGAUCCGCUGCUUUGCCUUGCAAAGGACCCGUACAUCGGGAGCAUCUCUCCAGGGUUUGGUGGAUCUCCGAAGAAUUACAUCAACAACGACGGUAUCUUACUCGAAUCCAUCAACAAAGACUUCGGUUUCGGUUUCGUAACAACACCAGCUUCCGUCACUCUGUUCACUCUCAGCGUCGUCCACAGAAGCAGCUCUAAACUGAUCUGGUCGGCGAACAGAGCUUCCCCUGUUGCCAAUUCCGACAACCUUCAGUUCCAAGACAACGGGACUGUGGUGCUGCGUAGUGAAGAACGAGGAUCAGAUGUUUGGAGAUUGGAUAAUUCAGGUAAAAACGCUUCAAGAAUUGAGCUACGUGACUCGGGAAACCUAGUUGUUGUCUCCGGUGACGGAACUUCGAUCUGGGAGAGUUUCGAUCAUCCUACAGAUACUCUGAUUACGAGUCAAGUCUUUAAAGAAGGCAUGAAGCUCACUAGCAAUGCUUCUUCUUGGAGCAACAUGACUUACACUCUCGAGAUCAAGUCAGGAGAUAUGGUUUUAUCUGUCAACAGCUUGACACCUCAGGUGUAUUGGUCCAUGAGAAGUGAGAACGGUAGGAUCAUUGAGAAAGACGGUGGCGUAGUGACUUCAUCGUCUAUACUCGGGAACUCGUGGAGGUUCUUUGGUGAGAAACAAGCUUUGUUAUGGCGGUUUUUGAUUACAGACAAUAUAGAUGAUAACGGUACUUGGAUCGCGGUUUUGGGAAGCAACGGUGUGAUCUCCUUUACAAGUCUUGGGAGUGGUGUGUCUGCGGCUGAUUCUUCCAUUAAAAUUCCAAACGAUCAGUGUGCAACCCCUGAGACUUGUGACCCUUACUACGUUUGCACUGGUAGUAAAGUGUGUGGAUGUCUGUCAGGGUUAUCAAGCGUUCGGCCUAAUUGCAAAACCGGGACCGAUACUUCUCCUUGUAAGAAGACCGAGAACAAUGCAGCGUUGUCUGUGAAACUUGUAAAUGCUGGAGAGAGGGUUGACUAUUCCGCACUCGAGUUUGCUUCUCCUUUCUCCAAGAACACUAUUCUUGAUAACUGUAAAGAUUUCUGCAGCAACAACUGCUCGUGCCUCGGUCUGUUCUUCCAGAACAGUUCUGGUAACUGCUUCUUGUUUGAUUGGAUUGGAAGCUUUAAAACCUCUGGAAGGGAUGGCUCUGGUUUCGUCUCUUACAUCAAGGUGGCUACUAAUGAUUUGGGAGGUGAAAGCAACGGAGAUGGCAAUGGGAAACACUUUCCAUAUAUAGUGAUUGUUAUAGUCUUGCCGGCGGUCUUUAUCAUAGGUGUUUUGAUCUUCGUGGCGUUUUGGAUUCGUAGGAGAACGAAAUCACGUUUGCUUGCUUCUCAAGAGACGACGACUCAUAGCUUCGUCAACAUACUACCUUGUACGUCCAUCCAAUUUUCUUACAAAGAUCUUCAGUUAGCUACGCGUAACUUUACGGAGAAGUUAGGUCAAGGAGGGUUCGGUUCGGUUUUCAAAGGAACGUUACCAGACGGUUCUCACAUAGCCGUGAAGCAACUCGAAGGAAUAGGUCAAGGCAAGAAAGAGUUCAAAGCCGAGGUUAGUACAAUCGGUAGCAUUCAUCAUCAAAACUCGGUGCAUCUCACAGGCUUCUGCGAGGAAGGGACUCACAGGCUUCUCGUUUACGAGUACUUAGCGAAAGGUUCGUUAGAGAGAUGGAUAUUUAGGAGAAGGGAUGGAGAUGGAGAUGGAGAUAUACUACUCUUAGAUUGGGACACAAGAUUCAAGAUCGCGGUCGGAACAGCUAAAGGUUUAGCGUAUUUACAGGAAGAUUGCGAAGCAAGAAUCAUCCAUUGUGAUAUUAAACCACAGAAUAUCCUCUUGGACGAUGACUUCAACGCCAAGGUAUCUGAUUUCGGACUAGCUAAGCUCAUGACACGAGAACAGAGCCAUGUCUUCACAACUUUGCGCGGUACGAGAGGUUACAUGGCUCCCGAAUGGAUAACAACCUACGCCAUCUCAGAGAAGAGCGAUGUUUACAGCUACAGAAUGGUUCUUGUAGAAAUAAUAAGAAGACGAAAGAACCAAGAGUCGCCUUUAGCGAGUUCCAAUUUUCCUGCUUAUGCUUUUGAGAGGAUGCGAGAAGGAUUGCUUAUAGAGGAUGUUGAUUGGGAUAUGGAGGAGGAGGAGGAGGGUGUUGAUGUGAUGAAUGAUGAGAGAGUUCAAAGGGCGAUGAAAACUGCGUUUUGGUGUAUACAAGAAGAUAUGCAUCUGAGACCGUCAAUGAACAAAGUUGUUCAAAUGCUUGAAGGAGUUUUUCCUGUGCUUCAGCCUCCGUCUUCUUACACUUUAGACGUGAAUCGUUACACGAGGUUAAAGAUGAGAUUGAUCAGCGAAGAAGGCGGUGGUAGAACUUCAUCACCGGUGUCUCAUAGCGAGCUGUCCGGUCCAAGAUAAAGAAACUUAUAAUUGGAUUUUUUUUGUUUGGUAUAUUGUUGUUCUGUUGUAAUAAUAGUGUUUCACUUAGUUUUCCUUGCUACUCGUUUUUUGAGGGGCCUCUAUCUGUUUACUUGUUGAUAAACCGACAAGUUUGGAAAUGUAAAAGUUAGAUUAUAAUUAUAUAUCUGGAAUGGAACAUGUGAGUUCUGGA